AUGACAGACAACAAGAAGGGACAACCCCAAAUCCCCGAGAUGACCCCGGAGGAGAAGCUCGAAUGGGGCUCAGUGGUUGCCAUUCGGGCGAUUCCUCCUACACUUCAGGGCACUACAGAUGAACAGCGAGUAGUAAUGGAAAAGGCUUUGGUCAGAAAGCUCGACCUUCGGCUCAUGCCAAUGCUAGCCUUGAUCUAUAUCAUGAAUUAUUUAGACAGAAAUGCGAUCGCAGCAGCUAAACUAAGCGGUAUCACGGAGGAGCUCAACUUGACGUCCGUUCAAUUCCAGGUAUAUGUGCCAGACUGGAUUAGAUAG